CUCUGCUCCACAUCCCUCUCUCUCUCUCUCUCUCAGUUGUAUACUGUACAGCUGGCAAUUUACAGCCCAAAGGGGUGAAAGUCGUAAUUGCCUAUAAACUGUCCUCUCCUCUCUGCCCCGUAAACCGAACGCUUCUAUGGCAUAAAUCAAGACGAAACACAUUUACAUGUUUUUAUUUGGAUAUAUUUUGUCGACUUUUGAAAACAUUAGAGGGAAUAUAAUUUAGUAGAUUAGAGUCCACCCCUGGAACUCUCUAAGACCGUUAUAAACUUUAACGGCUGGACACUUUGUAACAGGUUUGAGAGAUGAAAACCUCAAGAUGGUGGCAGCGAUUUUCCAUCAUCAGCUUCCUGUUAGAGGUGUGGCUUCCUGCCUGGAUCAUGGCCCAGACAACGCCCCCUACCCAGGGCACCACCUCCCCCAAACCACAGAACGAGCGGCUGCAAUUCCGUCUGGUUGGGUACCCCCGAAAGCACAACGAGGGGCGCGUCGAGGUCUUCUACAAGGGAGAGUGGGGGACCAUCUGUGACGACGACUUCUCUCUGUCCAACGCCAACGUCCUCUGUCGUCAGCUGGGAUUCGUCUCCGCUACGGGUUGGACACACAGCGCCAAGUACGGCAAGGGCCAAGGGAAGAUCUGGCUGGAUAAUGUGCAGUGUAACGGAGGAGAGAAGAGUAUUGACCUGUGUAAAUCUCGAGGUUGGGGCAACAGUGACUGCACACACGACGAGGACGCUGGAGUCGUCUGCAAGGACGAGAGGCUUCCUGGGUUUGUCGACUCCAACGUCAUCGAUGUGCAGGUGGAUGAGGACAGGGUGGAGGAGGUGCGUCUGCGCUCGGUGGUGCCCACCAAAAAGAUGCCCGUCACCGAGGGCGUGGUAGAGAUUAAGUACAAGGACGGCUGGGCCCAGAUCUGUGAUGUGGGGUGGACCCCCACAAACACUCGGGUCAUCUGUGGUAUGCUGGGGUUCCCCCAUGAGAGAAAGGUCAACAGGAACUUCUACAAAGCCCGUCUGGGAAAGAGAGCAGCUGAGAGAGAAGCCAGAGCCAAGGUUAAGGUUUCUGCUGGUGCCAGGCUGCCACCUAAAGCUCAUGCUAAACCAUUCACCUCUGGGUUAAAGAAAAGACUGAACACAGAGCGUCAGAAGCACCGGUACCGCCUCCACUCUGUGGCAUGUGUUGGCACUGAGGUCCACCUGGCAGCCUGCCCCCUGGAGACCAACAAGGGUAAUGCCACAGAGUCGUGUGAAGGUGGCAUGCCAGCCGUGGUCAGCUGUGUACCCGGACCCCAGUACGUACAGAACAACGGACUGAAGAAGAAGAAGCUCAAAACUACGAGCACGGUGAGGCUGAAGGGUGGUGCCAAGCUGGGUGAGGGCAGAGUGGAGGUGCUGAAGAACAAUGAGUGGGGCACGGUGUGUGACGACCGUUGGACCCUGCUGUCUGCCAGCGUAGUGUGUAGGGAGCUGGGCUUCGGAUCCGCCAAGGAGGCCCUGACUGGAGCUCGCAUGGGAGAAGGGAUGGGUCCCAUCCACAUGAAUGAGGUCCAGUGUCUGGGGACGGAGAAGUCGAUGUGGAACUGUGGCUUUAAGAACAUAACCUCAGAGGACUGCCAGCAUGUAGAAGACGCCGCUGUGAGGUGCAACACGCCAUACAUGGCUCUGGAGAACUCGAUCCGCCUGACAGGGGGCCGUACGCGGUAUGAGGGGCGGGUGGAGGUGCUGAGCACAGAGGCUAACGGGACCAGGAGCUGGGGCCUGAUAUGUGGAGGGGCCUGGGGCACCAAGGAGGCCAUGGUGGCUUGCAGACAGCUGGGGCUAGGCUACGCUAACAACGGCCUGCAAGUGCGUAUCGUGGGAGGCAGGACGUACUAUGAGGGCCGUGUGGAGGUUCAGGUGGGGGCGCGGUGGGGCACGGUGUGCUCUGCAGGCUGGACCACUAAAGAGGCCAUGGUAGCCUGCAGACAGCUAGGCCUGGGAUACUCCCUGCAUGCCAUCACUGAAACAUGGUACUGGGACAGCAGUAACGUAACAGAGAUGGUGAUGAGUGGAGUGAAGUGUACAGGGAGCGAGAUGUCUCUGAGCCACUGUCAGCAUCACAGAACCGUCAGCUGUCAGAAGACAGCUGCCAAGUUCUCUGCCGGCGUCAUCUGCUCAGAGACUGCGUCUGACCUGGUCCUGAAUGCUCCCCUGGUCCAGCAGUCCGUGUACAUUGAGGACCGCCCGCUCCACAUGCUGUACUGCGCAGCGGAGGAGAACUGCCUGUCUAAGUCUGCUGCUAGUGCUAACUGGCCCUACGGACACCGCCGCCUGCUACGGUUCUCCUCUCAGAUCCACAACAUCGGACGGGCCGACUUCAGGCCCAAGGCCGGACGCCACUCCUGGGUCUGGCACGCCUGUCACGGGCACUACCACAGCAUGGACAUCUUUACCCACUACGACCUGCUGUCAUCCAAUGGGACCAAGGUGGCUGAGGGACACAAGGCUUCCUUCUGUCUAGAGGACACCGAGUGUCACGAGGGUAUCUCUAAGCGGUAUGAAUGUGCUAACUUCGGAGAGCAGGGCAUCACCGUGGGGUGUUGGGACCUGUAUCGCCAUGACAUCGAUUGCCAGUGGAUCGACAUCACCGACAUCAAACCAGGAAACUACAUCCUACAGAUUGUGAUCAAUCCAAACUUUGAAGUGGCAGAGAGUGACUUCACCAACAACGCCAUGAAAUGCAACUGCAAGUACGACGGCCACCGGAUCUGGCUUCACAACUGCCAUAUGGGUGAUGCCUUCAGUGAGGAGGCAGAGAGGAAGUUUGAGAAAUACCCAGGACAGCUCAACAACCAGAUCUCAUAAUCUGCCUAGCAACACACCAAUCUCAUCAGACCCCCAUUGUACAAAUAAAAAAAGGGGGUGGCUGAUGCGUCUAACCAUGUUCAACAAUGGGAUAACCAAUCACCAAACCCUCCAUCACCUAUCUACCUGCCAGAAACCCAAUUCAUUAUCAUAUCCCAAACCAACCAACCAAUCACAACCAACAUCAUUAAAUCACAAGCAACAUUCCACAGGGCAGCAGUCAGCAAUUGAUCUUAGACUAGGAUUCAAUCCGAACGCAUUUUGUCGACCGAUGCACAUUUUAAUUAAAAGGCGUUGUCUCCUGCGUUUGCAGAGACCGCAUUCACGGUAAAACGCUCCGUGUGUCGGCUUCAAAUGACCUUUAAAAUGUCAAGCUCGCUCUACCGCGGGUCAGAUUGAAUCCAGGCCUUGACGGGAGGAGCUAUAUGGUGAAUCAUGUGUUGGUGUAUGUUACAUAGUGAAUGUGUUGGUGUAUGCCAGUGUUUUUGUUAUUAUACUUGAAUACUUAGUGCUCUAAGAUUAUAUUUUUUAACAAACUUAUUUCAGAUUUUGUUUUUGUUCAAACGUGAGUAUAUUAUGCUAAAUUUCACAGAAGAACAAGUCACAGAAGAACAAGUCAUAUGAUAUCAUACUAGUCUUAAUUCAUGUUUGACUGAUUGAUGUCUGACGUUCAACCUUUUCAUUCAUGUUUUGCUAAAGUUAUGAAUGAAGUUGAGUUUUUUUUGUUGUCCAGUCUGUAGUUUUGAAAGGUGACCCAGAGGUGUAUUCACUAGGAACCAAGCAGAAGCAAACGAAAACAGGUGAAGGACCUACCUACAUUUGUCCAAUAUAAGCUCUUUGGUUUCGUUGCAAAACGUGUUCAGUUGUUUUGCUACGCUGUGCACUAAUGAAUACACCUCAGGAGAAGCCGCUCGUCCUUAUUGUGCUACAAGACAUCUUCAUAAUGACCUGAGGUAUCACAGUCGAACCAUCCAAUGUUGUUGCAUCUCCAUGUAGUUCUCAUAGUUCACACGUGAAGAUCUAUUUAGAUCAAAUUCAAAUCUGGACCUUGAAGCCAGUUCCACUGCUUUUUUCAUUCUUCCCCUUUAAUCAGGGACUGAUUUAGACCUGGGACACCAGCUGGGUGAUUCCCCUCUAAUCAGGGACUGAUUUAGACCUGGGACACCAGGUGGGUGCAAUUAAUAAUCAGAAAACCUGUAGUACUCCGGACCCUAGGGUAAACACAAAUUGUAAAGUGUUGGUCCCAUGUUUCAUGAACUGAAAUAAAAGAUCCCAUAAGUUGUC